CACAGGUGUCGGUCGCGCUGCACCGCCGCGUGCCAUCGCUGUGCGCAUCGCAUACCGUAAUAACUCGCGAAUUGCAUUUUGUACAAAGAUACUUGUGUUUAUCUUGCAUUGGUUUCAAAAAGUUCAAUAUCCAUUUAGAAAAUAAUUAAACUAUAUUAUUAUAAUAUAACAACUGUGUAUAUUCAAAAAAAUUGUACAAUCUGUAUUUGAAUUGUAAUAUGUGGAUGUAGUUGAUUUAUAUAAGUAUAAUAUCUGAAUCUGAGGAUCUUCACAUCCAGAACUAUGGCCGGUGAAGAAGGAGUGCCUGUUGACCUUUACAUCUAUGACCUCACCAAUGGUCUUGCCUCAGUGUUAUCUCCAGCUAUACUAGGGCGUCAGAUCGAGGGGGUUUGGCACACGUCUGUGGUGGUGUUCGAGCGGGAGUACUUCUACGGUGGUGCGGGCGUUACCAGCUGUGCACCGGGCAGCACGCAGCUGGGCGCGCCGCACCAGGUGAUGCGUCUCGGGACCACGUUCGUGCCCUUCCCUGUCUUCAACGAGUACAUACAGGGGCUUGCCACCACAACCUACACCGCGGGCGCGUACCGGCUGCUGGAGCACAACUGCAACCACUUCAGCGACGAGGUGAGCCAGUUCGCGUGCGGCGCGCGCGUGCCCGAGCACAUCGUGGCGCAGCCGCAGCGCGACCUGCCCGCGCCGCUGCGCACCGCGCUCGGCUCCGCGCUCGCCGCGCUCGUGCCCGACGGCGACCAGGUGUACGCGAAUGGCGUGCGACACAGCCGACGGGACAGCCCCGACUACCUCACGCUCAAUAACCAAAUCGAGGAAGCACGAGUGGUGUCCCAAGAAUUAGAGGCGCGGCGAAAUACAUUAGCGGAGAAACUUGCGCGGAAGGAGAGACGCAAAGAGAAGAAGCGCAAGAAGCAACGCGAGCAGAACGGAGGGGACCUCUUGGAAGAGGAAGAUGAGAACAUGGCGGAGGCAGUGGAGGCGGUGGAGGCGCUGGAGGCAGGCAUAGCUCGCGCCGGGCCCAGCUCGCGUGACCUCGAGGCGGAGGCCGACGAGCGUCGCCUGGAGGAGCAGAGACGCCGCGAGCGCGACCCGCCCAUCGUGUUUAGGGACAUCGACGGCGCACAGGAGUUCGAAGCGUUCACCAAAGCGCUGGAGGGCGUCGAGUUGUCGGCCGACGAGAAACAGAGCCUCGACGAGCUGCAACAGUACCUCGUGCAGGGCGAGGGCAGCUGGGUGCUCGGCGAUGAGUUCCUCACCUUCAUCGGUCGCGUGCUGCGGGACGGCGGCGUGUCGAGCGAGGCGCGCGUGUGUGCGCUGCGCUGCCUGGCGGCGGCGGCGCUGCGGGAUGACGUGUCGCUGCUGCUGCACCAGGACCGGCGCCAGCACGCGCUGCUCGCCUUCGCGCACACCGUGGACAAGCUGCCGCCGACGGAGCAGCUAGCGCUCGCUAUCUUUAUGUGCAACCUGUUCGAGAACACGUCCUCGUCGGAGUGGCUGCUGUACAUCAGCGAGUGGGAGAGCGACGGUCACACGCUGUCGAACAUCCGCGUCACCACUAAGGUGUGCGUGCACUGCGUGCUGAGCGAGGCGCCGGCGCUGCGCGACGCGGGCACGGCGCUGCUCUACAACGUGGCCACCAAGGAGCGACUCGGGCUCGGGGCUGCGCUGCGCGUUCAGCUGCCCAAACGAGCGCGCUCCAAGGUGUUCGACGAGGUGUGCGUGGAGCUGUGCAUGGCGGCGCUGCAGCUGGCCGCGUGGGCGCCGCCCGAGGAGGCGCUGUGGCGCGCGCUGGCGGCGCUCGCCCGCCUCGCCGCGCACUCGCACGACGUGCCGCAGCUCGUGGCGCUCGUGGGGCCCGACCCCGCCGCCUUCCGAGGGACGAGCCCGCGCAUCGACGAGCAGAUCGACCUCAUCAUGAAGAAGGUGUCGGGCGUGAGCGGCUAGCGGCGCUCGCGUGACCGCGUUAAGGAUCCGUUUGUUACUCGUCGUAUGUUCCGCAUUUUGCGUGUGUAAAGUUAUAAGUCGACUAUAUAAAUUCAUUUUCUUGUUUCCCAUGCCGACUGACCUGUGUCGUUUCGAUUACGUUACUACAUUGAUCGGUUUCGUUUUGUUUGUAUAAUUUUAUUAUUAAUUAUUGUCAAUAAAUUUAUUCUAGGUAAUCGAACUCCGAUUCUAAUGGCGCUUCUAGUUUGUCUAGUAGUCAGCAUAAAGCUACGCUCGCACGCACAUCGUACGUAGCUUCGUACAGAGAGCACUGUUUUGUAAAUGUAAUUCGAAACACUGGUUUCAUUCAUUUAUUUCAAAUGUUAUCGUUUAUGUUAUAUCGAAGUCUAAUAGUAAGUACCUGAGCUUAUAAAUUAUAAAAAAUGGUUUAAAAUAUUCGAAUUUCGAAUAAACGAUGUAUUCGUUAUUAAUUUAAUGGAGUGGGGGUGGGGGGUUGUUGUUACAUCGCGACUGUGCAUUUACACGUGAUAUGGUUUUACAACAUAUUAUAUAAUUUAUUGGUUGUAAUUUAAUAAAUUUACGGU